AUGCGCAACAAUAUCGUGUCAUUGCCGCUUUACUUGCUUCUAAGCCUUUAUUGUCUGCAAGUUAUCCAAAACCCGAGAUUCAGGCCAUACUAUCGGCUCUAUGAAUGGCUUUGGAUACUUCUUUUCCCGUGCGCUCAAUCCGGUUACAUUGUGUGGCGAAUCUCGCUCCAAAAGCCUUCAGUGAUGCAGAUUCCGGGGACGCUCUAUGAUGUGUUGCUGUUGCUCUGCAAUCUCUCGAUAUCCACAGUUUUGCUGAAAAAUCGAAAUAAAUUGGAUGGUUUGCUGCAUGCGAUGAAAUGCUUGGCAAGAAAUACUCAAAGGAAGGGAAGCAGAGUGUUUGCGGUUUUUCUUAUCGCUGCCGCAUUUGUACUGAUUUUUUUUAGAGUCCAGGUUGUACUAUCCAACUUUGGUACCUCAAACAUUCUAGAAAUAUUUAUGGCUUUCAUAAGCAUUUGGCUGGCUCAGCGACUAGAAAUUAUGUUAGUGGGAAUUUGCUGGAUUGCUUGGGAACUGCAACUGUAUCACGGCGAUUUCAAUAAAAAGCUGCAACAGAUUCAAGGCUUCGACAGCCUUCGCCCACAUUUGCAGGUUCACAACCGACUGUGCCGUGCCGUAUUAGACUUUAACGACUUGUUCGGAUAUCCGAUUAUGUUUUCGGUUUUUACCAUCUUAUGCCUUGCAUUGGGAAUAUUGUCCAAGAUGAUUUCCAGCAACGCAGAUGUUUGCGAACGACUAAAUACUAGCGACGUCGUCCGCCGUUUGGUCUACUUAGCUCCAUAUCUAAGCUACAUAAUAGCUUUGUCCGUCCUUGGAGAAAAGUUGCGAAGAGAAGUCAGGAAGACCAUUGAGAUUUGCUUCAGUUACUCGGAGAAAUCGGAUAUAAGCUACGUGAUUGGCCCCGUUUCGGAAACCAAGGAGAAACUCCAGGUUUUGGCCAAUCAGGUCUUUCAGCGCAGCACCGCCCUGGAUGCUGCCGGGUUUUUCUCCCUGGACAGUUCGACCAUUUUAUUUGUUGUUAAUACUUUUUGUACUUAUCUGGUAGCCAUUUGGCAGUUCAUGUAG